AUGGAGUCCCAGUCCCACAUUGUGCUAUUUGGUUCCUUCUUGGUGUUUCUUAUGGGAUUCAUGUGCUCUUCCCAAGCUUAUACUUUCAAUGUUGGUGGCAAUGAUGGUUGGGUUUUGCAACCUUGUGAUCGCUUAAACCAUUGGGCCGGAGAAAAUCGCUUCCAAGUCAAUGACACAAUUCUUUUCAAGUACAAGAAAGGCGAAGAUUCUGUUCUUGUAGUUCACAAAAGAGACUACUAUCACUGCAACAAGACAAGCCCUAUCCACAACCUAACCGAUGGGCAUUCAAGGCUGAAGUUAACUAGGCCAGGUGAAUUCUACUUCAUAAGUGGCCAAGCUGAUAACUGCGAUAAGGGCCAGAAGAUGGUCAUUGUUGUGCUGUCUCCCCGGCCACCUCACUCCGAUUCUCCGGCACCGUCGCCGGGGCCAUCGCCGGCGCUGGUGCCGCCCGCCCCUAACAAGUCUGCUGCCACAUCAUCGGUGGUUAUUGGCUCGGUUGGAUUAAUGUUAUGGGGAUUUGGCUUAGUGGUGGGAACGCUUUUUAUUGGCUUGGUUUAA